AUGGGAGGCUAUAAGUGCGAAAAUGAUGACGAUGAUGUCGAUGAUCAUCUUUAUCUCUAUGACGAUGGUAGUGAUGAGUCUCUUGAGCUCCCAUUAUUAGAAGACAUUCCCUCAAAUAUUGAAAAACCUGGUUCCGUUAAGGUUUUGCAGGUAAUUACAAAAGAGUCUCUCUUUGCUGCGCAGAGGGAGGAUUUGAUUAAGUUGAUGGAAGUUUUAUCAUUGAAAGAGCACCAUGCACGAACCGUACUCAUACACUAUCGUUGGGACUUAGACAAGCUGCUCACGAUUCUUGUGGAGAAAGGAAUUGAUGAGUUAUACAGUAAAGCAGGUGUGACCUCAGUGGAGCAGCAUGACAACUUUGCCUCGUCAAAGUUAUCAUUCAAUGUUACGUGCACUGUUUGCUAUGAUGAGGAUGUUCCUCCAUGUGAGGUCACAACCAUGGACUGUGGUCACUACUUUUGCAACUCUUGUUGGACAGAGCACUUUAUAACAAAGAUAGCUGAGGGGCAAAGUAGGCGCAUUGGAUGCAUGGAACACCAGUGUUACGCAGUCUGUGAUGAAGAGAAGGUCAGAAAUCUGGUCAAAGCGAGGGAUCAUAACCUGGCUGAGAAAUUUGACCGUUUUCUUCUAGAAUCAUACAUUGAGGAUAAUAGUAAGGUUAAGUGGUGUCCAAGUGUUCCCCAUUGUGGAAAUGCCAUUCGUAUUAGUGAUGAUGUUGAAGAAAUACGUGAGGUUGAAUGUGCAUGUGGUCUACAGUUUUGCUUUAAUUGCCUAUCUGAAGCACACUCACCUUGUUCUUGUCUAAUUUGGAAACUGUGGAAUAAAAAGUGUCGACAUGGUUCAGAGAAUGCUAUCUGGAUUACAGUUCAUACGAAGCCCUGCCCAAACUGUCACAAAUCAAUUGAAAAGAAUGGAGGUUGCAACUAUGUAAGAUGCGUUUGUGGCAGAGCAUUUUGUUGGCAUUGUGGUGACCAACUAAGCCAACAUAACCACAAAUGUGGAGGAUAUGUAGAAAAAUCUGUAAAGACGGAAAAAGUUGAUCAUGCAAAGAAUAACCUAUUGCGAUUUGCUCACUACCUCAACCGCUAUAAAGCUCAUCUGGAUUCUUUAAUGCUUGAAAGUAAGCUGAAGAAAACCGGAAAAGAAAAGAUCUCAUGUUUGAUAGAAUUAGAACCAAUACUAAAAGAUUAUAGUUGGGUAAGCAAUGGAAUCGACAGACUCUUUAGGUCAAGGAGGAUUCUUUCCUACUCCUACCCAUUUGCCUUUUACAUGUUUGGUGAUGAACCAUUUGAAAAUAACAUCACCAACAAGGAAGAGAGAAUGAGAAAGCAAAACUUGUUUGAGGACCAGCAACAACAACUUGAGCUAAAUGUUGAGAAGCUUUCUUUAAUGAUAGAAGAGCCUUUCGAAUAUUUUCCAGAAGAUGAAAUCGUGAUCAGAAAAUUGCAUAUUAUCAAUCUAACCGAAGUUAUUGAUAAGCUAUGCAAAGAAUUGUACGAAUGCAUAGAAAAUGAAUUGUUGGGCUCUUCCCAAUGCGCAAAUUCUAAGAUUGCUCUUUACAAGUCAAAUGGCGUGGAAAAAGCUUCAAAACUCAUUGUUUCUGAAGGCAUGCAGCCCUCUCCUAAUAAUCACGGAGAGGUGAGAAAAUCUUGCGAAGCUGAAGCUGAAGUUGAAGAGUCUUCUUUGAAGCGUCUUAAAGUGGCCCCCUUGUAG